UAAAUUAAUUGGUUUACGUGAAAGUUAUAGCAUUUACAAAUGGUGGUAUAUAUACUGGGAUUUUUUUUUUUUAAUUUUAACUAGUAAUGGCAGCGAUCAGCGACUCAUAGUGGGACUGCGGCGGGCAUUCUGACACUGGGGGGGAACUGACUUGGUGUCACUGACAUCCCCAGUGACACCAAUACAGUGAUCAGUGCUAAUAAAAAGCACUGACACGGUACUAAUGGCACGAGACAGGAAUGGGUUAACAUGUGGGGCGAUUAAAGUGUUAACUGUGAGCUCUCUGUGUGUGUGUUUCACUGUAAUCACACUGCUUUGGAUGGCUGUGCUGUGCCCCGCCAUCCAAAGCAGUGGGCACAAGCUGACA